UUUUCUGAUGUGGUCCCAUCUCUGUUUUUAUUUCUAUUUUUUUCCUAGCUUACGAAGGAUGAUUUCAAAGGUUGAUAUUGUGUUCAAUUAUGGGGGUAAAUGGGUAUUUUCACCUGACCUAGUAUACUGUGAGGAACUCGUGCACUUAUGGACAUCAUUUGAUCCUUAUUUAUUGAGUUAUAAGGAUAAAUGUGAUGAGUUUACCUCUAGAUCAGGGUUUGUCAAAGCUAAACAAUUGUUAGUGGUUGGGCCUUCGGGUAAGUACUAUUUGGUAGAAGGUGAUGGGAGUAUCAUGGCUCUUCUUUGCUUAUUAUGUAACAAAUUCAAGGUCUUAAAUUUCUUUGUUGUUGAUGAGAGUAAGUCGACUAUUUUUAAUCCACAUAUCACAGACCAAACAGAAACAUAUCAUGUAGAUGUUGAGGUUGGUACAAACUGUGAACAUAGUCUUGGUUCUGGUAGUGUACAUGAACCUUCAGAUGGUGAGGAAUAUAAUUCUGAAGAAAUGGAGGGUAUUAGCAAUGAAGUGAGGAGGGUUAUAGAAGAUAAGUUGGAAAACUAUAAGGAGUUGAAGCUAGGUAUGUCAUUUAAGGACAUGAAAAAAGGCAGGCAAGCUGUGAAUUUAUAUGCUUUAGCUAACAAAAAGGCUUUGGAGUUGAUUAAAUGUGAAAAAAAGAGCCAGAUAUGGUUGUCAAGAAGGGUGCCCCUUUAGGUGUCUAAUUUUUGGAGAUGGGAGAACUGGUGGGUUCAAGAUUAAAACUUGGAAGGAUGAGCACACAUGUGAGGAUGCCUUUAAGAAUUCUAGAGCUGAUUAUGCCACAUUAGCUCAGUAUUUUAAGAGUAAGGUCCAAAAUAACCUUAAAUACAUGAUUAAAGAUAUGAGAGGUGAGCUUGAACAUUGUUUGAAGUUGAAUGUGACUAGAUCCAAAAUGAAAAGGGCUAAGAAUAUGGUUCUUCAGAAACUGGAAGGUAGUUUAUAGAUGACUACAACAAACUUGAGGCAUAUUGCCAAGAAAUUAGGAUGUCUAAUCCGGGAAGUGAUGUAGUUAUAAAUAUUUCCAAAGAUGCACUAGCAGAAGGUAACAAUUUUUUUUUGAGAAUGUAUUUAUGCUUUAAUGCUUUGAAGCAAGGCUGGAAAAAAUGGUUUGAGACUAUUAAUUGGAGUAGAUGGUACAUUCUUAAAGGGUAUAACCAAGAGUCAGUUGUUGGUGGCAUUAGGACAAGAUUCCAUGAAUCAUUUCUACCCACUAGCAUGGGUUGUGGUGGACAAGGAAACAAGCAGGACUUGGAGUUGGUUCAUGGUGCUGUUGAAGUUGCCUUUGGAGCUUAAAAAUGGUGCAGGAAUCACAUUCAUAUCAGAUAUGCAAAAGGGCUUGUUGGAUGCUGUUAGCAUAGUACUUCUUGAGGCUAAUCACAUGUACUAUGUGAGACAUAUUGAGACUAACUGGUGCAAAAAAAUGGAGGAGUGGUGAAAUGAGAAAGUUGUUAUGGUGGUGUGCAUGGAGUUCAUAUGAUGAGGAGUUUAAAGACCAAUUGAAAAAAUUAGGGAAUCUGUUUGAAGAUGCUGCAAAGGAUAUCUUAAAGUAUCCCCCAAGGGCAUGGUGCAGUGCAUAUCUUGACACUCAAUGUAAGAAUAUGAUGGUUGAUAAUAACUUUACUGAGUCAUUUAAUGCAUGGAUUCUUGAGGCAAGAGGAAAACCAAUUAUCAAAAUGUUGGAGGAUAUAAGAGUGAAAGUGAUGGUGUUGUUAGGAGACAAUGAGGCUAAAGUGAGAAGUUGGAAUGCAGAAUAUAGUCCAACUUGCUUGAAACUGUAUUGUGAUUGGAGGGGCAUAGCACAUGACUGUAAGGUCAUAUUUAAUGGAGAUUGGGGAUAGGAAGUGUCUGGAGGAAUUUAUAGACACUGUCAAUCUGCAACAAAGAAGAUGCACAUGCAGGUUAUGGGAUUUAUCUGGCAUUCCUUGCCCUCAUGCAAUAAAAGCAAUGAUGUAUAAGAGGGUAGAGUCUGUAGGUGAAAUCUAUUAGUGGUAUAGUAAAGAGGCAUACUUGCUAAUAUAUAAGGAAAAGCUUUAGCCUGUUAGGGGUCGACAGUUCUGGAAGGUUGAACCUUCACAUGCCAUGUUACCUCCUGAUAUUGUGAAGCAAGUUGGCAGACCCAAAGUGAAAAGAAAUAGGGAACCAGAUGAGGUAAGAAAAAAGAUAGGGCAGUGGAGCCAAUCAAGGAAGGGGACACAUAUGACAUGUAGUAACUGUGGUGAGCCAAACCACAAUGCAAGGGGUUGUUUCAAGCCCAACUCUUUUGGAAAUGUUACAAGUUGCAGUCAAACUCAAGAAUCUGAUCAACCAAACCACAAUGAAAGGAGUUGUUACAAGCUUAAGUCUACUGGAAAGAGUUCGCAAUCAAGUAAAAGAAAGGGUGCAAGCUGCAGUCAAACUCAAGAGUCUUAUGCAAUGGAGAGUGACCAAGAGUCACAAACUGAUUUUGGACCAUUUGCUGCCACCCAAGAGGUUGAACCAUAUGGUCCGGAAGUUGACAAUGAAGAAGACCCUCAACUUAGGCCAAUGGUUGUUUCAGAAACACAGUCAAGGAUUGAGAGGGGCAACCUAAGAGGACCUACAACUGGGGCAAGAAAAAUUAAGUUUACUGGAGGAGAUCACAUUGGGGCUUCGACACCUACCAAUCUUCCUUAUUCUCCAACUAAGCUGACAUGGAAGGGAAAAACUGCAAUCUCAUCAAGCCAAGUCCAACUUGAGGCAAGAAAGAGAAAUACCAAGAUGAUGGCAAAAAAGGGCAAACGAAAAAUUGCAUCUAAUGAUGAAGAUUUUCUUUAAAGUCAAUUGCUAUGGUUUUUGUUAUGAUUGGUUAUUAAAACAAUUAUAUUUAGUUAGUAAACAAACAUUAAUGGUUGGUUGGUAGUUAACCUUUUUGGGGGUUGGUUAAGUAUCUGAUGGUUAAGUGUGGUAAAACUAUUAUGUGCCUUAUUCAAAUGGUAUUGAUGAAACCUUUUUUGGCUAUGUACAAAGCUGUGGAGCA